AUGGAACAUUCGAAACAAACGUUGGAGGAAUUAUAUGCAAAACUGUCAAUAGAAGACGAGGAGGAAGGAGGAAUUGUUAUCGCUCCGCAGGAGAUUGUGAAAAAGAAGGAUGCAUUUGUUUUGGUGGGACGUUUCCUGACAGAGAAGAAAAUUAACUUUGUGGCAAUGCAGAAUAUGUUAGCAGAUUUAUGGCGUCCGAAGGAGGGUGUUGAAAUCCAUGACAUAGGAGGAAUGAGGUAUACUUUUGCUUUUUAUCAUCCAAUGGAUCUACAGAAGGUAAUUGAUGGAGGUCCGUGGUCGUUUGAACAAAGUUUAUUACUUGUUAAUGAGGUGAAAGAGAAUGGUGAUCCAAGGGAAACAAAGUUAGAUGAUACAGAAAUCUGGGUACAAGUGUAUGAUCUGCCAACCGGAUUCAUUUCGGAAAAUAUACUCUGUAGCAUUGGUAAUUAUAUUGGUGUCUACGUAAAGUCUGAUCCUGCUAAUUAUGAUGGCCUGUGGAAAGUACAUGUUCGUAUUCGGGUUAAAAUGAACGUCAAUAAACCAAUAAAGCGAAGGAUGAAAAUCAAGAAAUCGGGAGGGGAUUGGAGCUGGGUUAACUUCAAAUACGAGAGACUAUCAACGUUCUGUUUUGUUUGUGGAAUACUGGGACAUGGUGAAAGAGAUUGUAAUGUGGUAUAUGCUAAUGCAGGGAAAGUAGUAGAGAAAGCAUACGGGACAUGGCUAAGGGCGCCAGGCAGGGGGACAAAGAACAACGCCGGUUCUAGGUGGCUGAGGAAUGGUGGCAGUGGGGAAUCACAGUGGGCGGGAAAAAACAGUCAAACGCAAUCCUCGGAAGAGAGCAGAAGUAAGGAGGAUAUUCAGGCGAGAUUUGAGGAGGUAGAUGGGAGGAUAAGUGAAAUUCAAAAUUAG